GAACAUGCCACUUUUUGCCUUUGGUGCUGUGUUGUCCCUUUCCCCUGUUUUGAGGAUGCUAAGCUCACCACGUGUGUUGCUGUUGCCUCCCGUCCCAGUUGCGCUUUCCUUGUAAUCUGAUGUCAUGCGUAGCUUCGCAACAGGCCACCCUUCAUUCCCUCUCACUUCACCUCGGCCCACACCGAGGGCUCAAUUACUCCGCUACAUUGCUUAUGCGUAUCGUUAAGAGUAGAUAUCGCGAUAACUCAUAAGCAUGGCUACUCCCGAAAGCCGCUCGAACAGCAAUGGUGCGCUCAGUACCGGACCGUCACGCACGCUACUGGAACAGCUCCUGGAAGAAGUCAAUGGCGUGACGUCCAGUCGAGCGGGGCUUACCGGAAGUUCUCCUCAGAGCCCAGCAAGUACAUACUCUCGAUCCUCUUCUCAAAGCUACUCGCCUUCUGUUUGGGUAGGAGGCUCCCCAAUUGCCCAGAACGCUCGUAACGAGCUUCGAAGGGCCGAUGAAGCUCUUGGGCGAAAGGCGUCCGUCAACGCUAUUGACGGUGCGCCCGACGGGAUGCGGUCCUUUUCCAAGUUCCAACGAACACCAGAUCCCGUCAGUUACCCUCACGAGUAUAUGCAAUACAUGUUGAAAGGCAGCCCGCUAUCGCCUGAGAUACAAGGUCGCAACAACCACUCCUUACACCUAAAAACGCCUCCUUUGGGUAAUGCGACACCACCACCCUUGUCGCCGCUCAUCUUCAGCGAUGUCUAUUUUGAUGACUCUUCCUCGUUGUCGCCUCAGACGGAGACUACAGUAUCGCCAACCGAUGUGCCCACCUCAGCUGCAACAGCCUACACAGCGGAAGAAUUGCGAACACCCACUGGCGAUGAUGCGCUUAAACGAUCGCACUACGUCGACGAUUCGCUGACCGAUGCGUCCGCCCAGAAGAGGCGCACGAUGACAGUACCCGAGAUUCGAAGUGAAGGAUACUUUGACAUAGCUGUUGAUAUUCCGCAUGGGUUCAUUGGUGUUGGUGGCGAUAAUCGAUGUCUGCUUCGACACGAGACCUUCACUGAGCGAGCACCUACACCAAGGAUGUUGACCGAGAUGUCUAUGAGCGAUGUACAGCCCGGACUGUCUUCUUUCAGACCAACUGCUGCAGAUCCACAAGGUCGACCAAGUCUAGGUCCUCUCUCUCAGAGAGUGUCUCGCGCUUUUACCAGUCCCCCCGAGCCGACAAGUCCUGCAUUACCUGAUACGCCUGCCUGGAUGCGACCAAUGCACCUCGUUGAUCACGGCGGCAGGUCCGUAUACACAAACAUUCACGAUGACGGGCCGAUUCGUCAUGCUCUGUGUCUGUGGUGUUUCAGAACUCACGGCAGCUUCCGAAAGGUGCACAAGUACGGUUGUGAGACAUGUGGCCGCAAAGAAGUACUUGAUAGUCACUAUUGGGAGGACGAUAAAUGGCCUGAGGACUCCUCAGAUGAGUCGAACUGCUCAGAUCACUAGAGUCCACAGAAGACGCUGCUGUCUAAUGACCUAUUCCUUAACCCUUGAUUGGUUUUGUUGUCUAUUCUAGUCUUGACCAAUUCAAACACUGCAGCAUUCAUACAGUUGUG